UAACAAGAAAGACAUAUCACCUUCCUUUCCCCUCUCUCUCUAGUUUGUGUGGGUAUUUUGACUCGGCAAUUUUCUCUGUUUUCAUGUCUUUUCUUGCUCUUUCAUCGCAGGGAAGGCAAAGAGCCCCUGUGCAAAUAGAUCCUGUAGAAGCCACCAGCAAGGAGCCCGUCUGUAAUUAAGUCCUGUAGAAGCCACAAGCAAGGAGCCUGUCUGCAAAUAAAUCCUGUAGAAGCCACAAGGACAUGGGAACGCCUGAAUUUCCUGACCUGGGGAAGCAUUGCACUGUUGAUGAUUGCAAGCUCGUCGAUUUCCUUCCAUUUGCGUGUGAUCGAUGCCAUCAGGUUUUCUGCUUAGAGCACAGGACAUACAGUAAGCAUCAUUGUCCAAAUGCAAAUGAACACGACAUCACAGUUCUGGUGUGUCCUAUGUGUGCUAAGGGGGUUAGACUUGUUCCAAAUGAGGAUCCAAACGUAACUUGGGAGACCCAUAUGCGUACAGAUUGUGAUCCAGCCAACUAUGACAAGGCUAUGAAGAAGCCACGUUGUCCUGUUCGUGGUUGCAAGGAAAAUCUUACAUUCUCAAACAAAUUUAAGUGCCGAGACUGUGGACAAGAAGUAUGUUUGAAGCAUAGGUUUGGACCUGAUCAUAAAUGUCCAGGACCAAAGAAAGUGGAUGCAAAUUUUUCUUUUUAUGGAAUGUUCGGAAAAAAUUCAAAAGAGAAAGCAAUGGCUAAUGGAAGAAGAGCAAACCAUGUGGAAAGCUCUAGUGCAUCACAAUCCUUGAGCUCUGGUCUUUUUGCUGCAGCUUCAAAUUUGAGAGCAUCUGCAGAAGCAGGAAUGGCAAAGUUGAGCAUUGCAACAAAUGAUGUCUUGAGCAAGGUAAAGGCUAGUUCCUUCUCAACGCAACAACCAGGACAUCAGAACACGCAACCUGUAUUAGUGGAGCAAUGCCCGAGGUGUGGAGUGCAAUUCAACUCUGUUUCUGCUCUUAUUCAGCAUGUGGAAAGCAUCCAUGAAGGUAGUCGGAAUGUUGGCCCCCAAGAGUUGCCCGAUAUUUGCCCAAAAUGUAGCAGGGGUUUCCAUGAUCCAGUUUCUCUUGUUAAACAUGUUGAAAAAGACCAUCGGGGAACAUCAAAUGCAUGAAUUUAACACAGAAAAAUGUGAAAGAACAUGAGGGAACAUGCUGAAGUUUCAGCUAUAGAAUAUAUGAGGACACCUUUCCCAGUGCUCCUGUGCGUCAUUAGCAGGCCUUUCAUGGCACAAGAAAAGUCUCUAUUAUCCCAUGUAAAAGACCUUUUGAGUAGAUUCUGAGUCAAUUUGAUUUUAUUCUUUCGUGGUUUAUGAUUGACAUUUUGGAGUUAAUGAUAUUGAAAGAACACACUAUGGUACACAAAUUCAGUAUGGUGUAUGUAGGAGAAAUGUAGAGCUUUGCUCUCUGGUUUAUUAAUCACAGACUAGAGUGAAGCCUAUCAGUUAAUUGAACACAAGAAAUGUUUAUUCUCAUUCGAGGUGAGAUUCCAUUUUUGUUACAA